AUGGAGCUAUUCAUGUUAAUACUGACUAUGGUAGUGUUGGGUUUAGUAAUUUUAGCUGUCUUACUGAAAACAAGGGAUUCUCCAACAGAAAUGGAAGCAAUUCCAGGUACCUUAGGGUGGCCUAUUAUUGGAGAGAGUUUGUCUUUCAUAUCUGAAUUCUCAAGCCCUGCUGGUAUAUACAGCUUCAUUAACAAGAGACAGAAACUGUAUGGGAAGGUGUUCAAGAGUUAUGUAUUGGGAAGGUAUACAGUGUUCAUGACAGGAAGAGAAGCAAGUAAAAUAUUGUUGACAGGAAAAGAUGGAAUGGUGAGCUUAAACCUUUUCUACACAGGACAGCAAGUACUUGGACCUACUAGCUUGCUCCAACAGACAGGAGAGUCGCACAAGAGACUCCGAAAACUAAUUGCUGAACCGCUCUCACUUGACGGCCUUAAGAAGUAUUUUCAGUUUAUCAACAGCUUAGCUAUUGAAACAUUGGAUCAGUGGUCUGGAAGAAAAGUCUUGGUUCUUGAAGAAGCUUCCACAUUCACACUGAAGGUGAUAGGCAAUAUGAUAAUGAGCUUAGAUCCAACUGGUGAGGAACAAGAGAAAUUUCGAACCAAUUUCAAGAUUAUUUCUGCCUCUUUUUCUUCCUUACCCUUUAAGGUCCCCGGAACUGCCUUCUAUCGUGGCAUUCAGGCACGUGAUCGAAUGUAUGCUAUGUUAGACUCGAUAAUUGACCAACGUAGAAGUGGGAAAAGCUUGAAACAAGACUUCUUGCAAUCCCUGGUAAAGAAGCAUGCAUCAGAAGGAAAUGACGAUGACAAACUCACUGAUAAACAACUCAAGGAUAACAUAUUAACACUGCUAGUUGCAGGACACGAUACUACAACUGCUGCUUUGACAUGGCUCGUCAAAUAUAUUCAAGAAAAUCCUGUUGUAUUGGAACAAUUAAGGGAGGAACAUAGAGAAAUUCAAGCUCGAAAACAAGGCACAUUAGAUCUUGCCUGGUCUGAAGUCAACAAUAUGCCUUACACCGCCAAAGUAAUAAGUGAAACUCUUAGAAUGGCGACAAUCCUGCCCUGGUUUUCAAGAAAAGCAGCAACGGAUUUUGAAAUUGAUGGAUUCAAAAUCAACAAGGGAUGGUCUCUUAACUUGGAUGUAGUGUCUAUCCACCGCGACCCCAAGAUUUUUGUUAAUCCUGAGAAGUUUGAUCCUUGUAGAUUUGAUGAGCCUCUAAAACCUUUCAGCUUCCUUGGAUUUGGAAGCGGACCACGUAUGUGUCCUGGAAUCAACCUGGCCAAACUGGAAAUUUCUGUUUUCCUUCAUCAUCUUGUCUGCAGAUACAAAUGGACACCUUUAGACACGGAUGAUUCUGUUCAGCCAACACUUGUCAGGAUGCCGAAGAACAAGUAUCCUGUCAUGGUUGAGACACUUUAG